UGGCCCGAUCAUCGCCAUGAGGUCCGCAGGACAAGACGCGAACAAACGGAUUAAUAAAUAAAAGUUGCAACGAUCCGACACGUUCUUCUAAAUAAAAGAAAAAAAAGAAGUGAGGGACGGUCAGCGAGAGAAGGAUCCGUCGUUUCCGCGGCCGCUGCACAAAUAAUAAGUUUUUCUUUGUGUGGCGGUAGUGAGCUGACGUCAGGUCGGUUCCUUGAAGUGGAGCUGAAUAAACCUUGAGAAGAGUCUCCUUCAAUCUGCUGUUAGUAACUAACACACGCGCGCUCACUCACACACACACACAAGCCGAGACUCAAUUACUGCCCAAUUCCCUUCUUUAUCAUUCGUCCCCGACCUCUUCCACAAGCUAAAGGAGGAAAAAAAGAGGCGAGAAGCAGGAAGAAGACCGAGCCGAAGUGUUUAGCAGAGCUUAGGAGAAGAGAAAGCCCCACGUUGGACAUUAAGUAAAGUGUCGAAACUAAAAACAAGGUGUUACAGCAGUUAUGUCAAAGAGUUGAAGACAUCUCUAACAAUAUGGAGUCUGGAGAGCGGCUGGCCUCCCCUGCGCCCACCCUGUCUGCUGCUCGCACCUCCUCCCCUGCGGCCUCUUCCUCCUCUUCAUCCUCUUCGCCAUCCCCGGCUCCCCACUCUAAGAGCAGCCUGGCCCCGAGCCCCUCAGCACUGGGAUCCACCCUCAGCAACUCUGGCCGUCUGUUUGGAGUGGCAGGAGAGCAGCCCUUUAUUGGCUCCACAUUGUCAAGUGCCUUCCCUCUGGUCAACCACCCAGCCUUCGGAGCCCUCUACUCUGCCGGAGCAGGCAGGCCGGAGUUUGGAGGCUUGGGUUCCCUGGGCUUGUCAGCUGCUCUAGCUACACAUCCCCAACUAGGAGCCCUUUCUGAGUGGUGGCGAGCUGCUGAAGCCCAUAAUAGGGGAGCUGCUGCCUUUCUCCCCUCCUUCAUCGGCUUCCCUCCAUUCUUCACCCCUCACAUGCAGCCCAACCACAUCGCAGGUCCUGUUCAGAUCAGGAUGCCAGGCAAGAAUAGCCACACCCCAACUAAAGGGUUGAAUGGGGCAGUGAAUGGCAGCAAUGUCUUUCCUCCCACCACACAAUCAGGGAGCUUUUCCCCGAGUCCGGCUCCUGUUCAGGCAUCGACCAAGUCGACCAAAUAUUCAAACCACUCUAACAGUCACCGUAGCAGCCCCCACAACAAUCCAGCAGAGCUGAUUAUGAAGCCGAUCCAGAAACCGAAAGAGAAGAAGCCACGGAAGAAGCUGGCGGACACCUCUGCGGCGAGCAAAAGCGAAUCAGGCACAUCAUCAGACAGCUCAAGUGAUGGGUCCCUCAGCAGUGAUCUAGACGACCUCGCAGAGGAUGAUGAAGACGAUGAUGAUGAUGAUGACGAUGAGGAUGACGAAGAAGAGGACAAACAGAGUGAAGUAUCAGACUCUGAGAAGCGGACAAAGAAGAAAAGAAAGGUUUCGUUACCCAGCACUGGAACAGCAAAGAAGAAGGCCCCCUCCAACCCCCCGACCCUUGUGCCCUUACCCUGCUCUGUGUCCCCCCCUGCCUUGUCCCAAUCCUCGCCACUGGCUCUGCACAGCUCCAGGUCCUGGACAGACAGUCCGCAGCAGCACUUCAGUGUGAUCCAGUCCACCGGCCUGGCUGCCAACUCGAAGCCACUGGCACUCCUCACCCAGCCCCGUAGGGAGACUUCACCCUCUUCCUCACCCAUAGCUCUCACCACGUCUCCAAAGGCGCGCUCCAGCACCGCCUCUCCCAAACCUCCCAGGCUGCUGCCCUCCUCCUCCCCCCAGCACCUGCCCCUCUCCCUUUGCUCCUCCCCGAAACCUCUGGCCGUGCCCUCACCACCCCACUCGACGCUGACGCUGUCUACCUCCCCGAAAUCUUUUGGCCAGCCCUCAUCUGUAAGAAGCUCCAAGAAGUCAUCACUGAAGCCACAUCAGCACACUCCUGCUGGCGGUGCCAAAUCCAACAAAAGGAAACAGCUUGAAGCUUCACUCGCGCAGAUCAAUGAGUUCAGGCUCAAACAGACUCUCAUGUCCCAAGGGCAGACAUUCCCAGCUGAGCUAAAGAAGCAGCAGCCGGGGCCAAACAAGUCUCCCAAGAGGACGUCUCUGUCUUCAUCGCCAUUGCCACCUGCUCCGCUUCUUCCACCCCAGAACAAUCACUCCAACCUCUUCCUCUCGAGUGCCCUGCUGGGGCUCCCUGAACCCAACCACCCCAAUGGAGUCAUCCAAAGCACCACUCAGGACGUACCUUUGGCCCUCAUCAGCAAACCUCGCAAAGACUCUGCCGCGAAAGGCAAGUCCCCUCAGUGCGACUCUGAAGCUGGGUCAAUGCCUGUCAAUCUGAGCACAGGGGCGAGCAGGACCCAAGGAACCACCCAGGCUGGACCCCCGUCCCAGCCCCCCACUACCUCACCCCAUGCCACAGGCCAUGGAUCUAGGAAGAACAAGUCCCCAAAGGGGAAGGGACAGACACCAGGGCUGGGACAGGGACCGGCACAAGCAGACCCUUUAGCUGCCUGGAAGGGCUUCUCUCAGAACCACCUGGUACAAUCGCUUGUAGAUCUGUUUCGUGGAGGAGAGGCCGGGAUCGGGAUUCCUGGAGUCAGUAUCCCUGGAGUUGGAAUUCCAGGAGUGGGGAUCCCUGGGACAUUUAACCCCACAGCUGGUCUCCCAGCUAACAAGGAAUCAGAUGACUCGGAUGAUGAUGAUGAGGAUGAUGACCUUGAGGAGGAGGAGGAGGAUGAAGAGGACUCAGAUGAUAGUCUGUCAGAGUCCGACAGCAACUCAGACAGCGACGUCUCUGGGAAGAAAGUGAAGGAGCUGAAGCUGCUGCCAUCUGGAUCGUCUAAAAAGGAGAUGACUCCCCGCCGGCUAACCAAAGGCCCAGAACUACUGAACACCUCAACCAAUGAGAACACCGCCACCAGCUGCUCCCCUCUCAACCUGCAGGUCAUCAAGACUCCCACCAUUGUCUCCAGCUCCAGUGCCUUGGCCUAUCACAGCUCUCCAGGCUCAUCAUCCUAUAGCUUAGCCUCCCCAUUAGGUUUAGGGAAAAGGAAGAGGGUGAUGGAUGAGAAGGAGUUGAUGAUACCUCUGGAGCUGGGGUGGCGAAGAGAAACAAGAAUCAAAACAGUGGCCGGGCGGCCGCAGGGCGAGGUGGCCUACUACGCCCCCUGUAGCAAGAAACUGAGGCAAUACCCAGAUGUAAUGAAGUAUCUAUCCAGAAAUGGAAUAAGUGGCAUCACGCGUGAUAAUUUUAGCUUCAGUGCAAAGAUAAGGGUUGGUGACUUCUAUGAAGCCAGAGAAGGACCCCAGGGUUUACAGUGGAGCCUGUUGAAGGAAGAGGAGGUCAUUCCUCAUAUUUUGGCGAUGGAAGGUCGGAGGGGUCGCCCCUCAAGUUCAGAACGCCAAUCGGCGGGCGAGGGCACCAAAGGCUCCCGCCGGAGGAAGGGGCGACCCCCUAAUGUGGGCGAUCCGCUGGUGCCCGAGGGCCCUAGUCCCAGUGAGGUCAAACUCCUGCGCAAACUAGAGGCACAAGAAAUAGCUCGACAGGCUGCCCAGAUGAAAAUGAUGAGAAAACUGGAAAAGCAGGCACUGGCACGUGCAGCCAAAGAGGCUCGGAAGCAGCAAGGUAAACUCUGGUCGAUCAUCGCAUCCGAGGAGCGAAGGAAGCAGAAAGAGCAGAUCAAGAUUCUCAAGCAGCAGGAAAAGAUCAAGCGUAUUCAGCAGAUUCGGAUGGAGAAGGAACUCAGGGCGCAGCAUCUUUUGGAGGCCAAACGGAGAAAGAAGGAAGAGGUUAACAAUGCCAAAAUAUUGGAGGCAGAAAAACGGAUAAAGGAGAAAGAGAUGAGGAGACAGCAGGCGGAGGUUCUCAAGCACCAGGAGUUGGAGAGGCAUAGACUAGAUAUGGUAUGGGAGAGGGAGAGGAGGAGGCAACAUCUUAUGCUGAUGAAGGCUGUCGAGGCUCGCAAGAAAGCAGAGGAGCGGGAGCGCUUGCGGCAGGAGAAAAGGGAUGAGAAGCGUCUGAACAAAGAGCGUAAACUGGAGCAACGGAGGCUGGAGAUGGAGAUAGCGAGGGAGCUGAAGAAGCCAAAUGAAGACAUGUGUCUGUCUGACCACAAGCCUCUCCCUGAGUUCUCCCGGAUCCCUGGACUCAUCCUGCCAGGACGUGCCGUGUCCGACUGCCUUAUGCUGAUGCAAUUCCUGAGAGGCUUCGGGAAGGUGCUGGGACUCGACCUGAACAUGGAUGUGCCCACCCUGGGCAUGCUACAGGAGGGCUUGCUCAAUGUGGGGGACAGCAUGGGCCAGGUCCAAGAUCUUCUGGUCAAACUGCUCUCUCUGGCAGUCUGUGACCCUGGGUUGCCACCUGGACAAAAGACCAAAACCAUGCUGGGCGACCACCUGACCAAUGUUGGCAUCAACAGGGAUAAUGUGUCUGAGGUGCUACAGAUGUACAUGGGGGCCCAUUGUGCCAACACAGACCUGGCUCUUCUGGCCCUCAGUCUGAAGACCAAGGCUUUCCAGGCCCACACGCCUGUGCAGAAGUCCUCUAUUCUGGGUUUCCUGGCUAAUGAGCUAGCAUGCAGCAGAGCUGUUAUCAGUGAGAUUGACAAGAGUCUGGAUCAGAUGGCAAACAUGAGGAAGGACAAGCUCAUCAUGGAGGGGAAACUGAAAAAGCUCAGGAUCAUUCAUGCCAAACGCACUGGGAAGAGGGAGGCCAGCAUGGGUGUGGAAGAGAACCAGUCUGUUGGCACUCCGUCCUCCGCCGCCAAGCGCAAGAGGAAACUGGGUGGAGACAGUGAUGAAGACGAAGAUGACGAAGAGGACAGCGAUGACCCGGCCGAUGAAGACGAGGAUGAGGAGGAGGAAGAGGUGAAGAAAGUUAAAAAAGUGGAGGUCAUUGAUGAGGAUGACGUCGACCAGGCCACCAGCAUCGAGGAGCUGGAGAAGCAGAUAGAGAAGUUAGCCAAGCAACAUCAUCAGACCAGAAAAAAGCUGUUUGAGAUCUCUCAUUCUCUGCGCUCCAUGACGUACGGCCAGGACCGAUACCGCCGCCGGUACUGGGUGCUUCCCCACUGUGGAGGAGUCUUCAUUGAAGCCAUGGAGAGCGGAGAAGCACCAGAGGAACUGGAGGAGGAGCGACAGAGGAGGAGAGCGGCGGAGGAGGUCAAGGUCAAAGAGGAACCUAUGGAGAUCGAGUUGGAGAAGGAGAAACACGCCGACGCUGAUGGGCCGAGCACUCGAACAGAAGGUUUGGAGCAACAGGAAGAGGAGGAAAAGGAGCACGAGGGGAAGAAUAACUCCCCGAGUCUCUUCUACCCUCAGAAAGACUGUGUUUCCAAACUCUGCACAAUCCGGGACGUAAACAACGACGUUGGCAGAGAAACUGUGAAGGAAGAGAACAAGCAGAGUCCCCAUGUGAGGCAAAACGGCAGCCCCGUGGGCACUCACAGCGCCGCUGCCUCAGUAACAGCCACCUCCCCCACUCACAAUUCCUCUGAGCCGGCAGUAGCAUCAACCCCCUCCCUGGUGACCACUAAUGACGCCGCAAACAUCACUCCCCCGGCCUCCAACCUUUUACCUGUGCCGCGCCUGCCAGGCCCAAGUGAAAGCCCGGGGAACACUCCUCUGUCCUCGUCCCCUACUCCAUCUCCCUAUCUCUCAUUUCAAGCCAACGACCAGCUGCUCAGAGUCCUGACGGAGAAGAGUGGACACUGGUUCAGUCUGCUCCCUCGCAACCCCUGCGACCUCUCUUCCCUCACCACGCCUCCUCCAGCAGCGCCACAAGUGUCUCCCCAGGCAUCCUCCACCCCAGCCGGGCCCAGAUCCCCACCUCCGUCCCCUGCCCUGCCUCUCACCCCUUCUGCUGCUUCAGCCUCCACCAGCCCACACCACCCAGCUGGGCUCCUCAACUACCCAAUAUCAGCCCUGCAGGUGAAGCCAGGUGGCUCAUUGCUAGGUGUGUCUUUUGGAAGCUGGCCCAGCGGUAUUAUAAGUCCCAGCCUGCCUCUGUGCAGCAGCCUCAGCCCCAUGCCGGGUCACUCACUGGAGGGCAACACAGCAAGUGUCUCCAGUAAGAGUGAAUCGCCUUUACCUGGCAUUGAGAAAUCCUCAUUCAUGCCCUCUCCUGCCUUGGAAAUGCCCAAAUCCCUCGACCACCCCAUGCCUCGACCCAUCCCAGAAGAGUUGCUGACAGGAUGGUGGCGGGUUUCUGACAUCGAGCAGCUGAGGAAUUUAGUCAAUGCUCUGCACAGCCGAGGCUUUAGAGAGAAGGGCCUCCAGAGGCAGAUGCAGAAAUACAUGGAGAUCAUCCCCCAGGUCUGCACCAAACACAGAGACGUGGCCAUGAUCGAGCUGCGUGAUCUGGAGGAGAGCCAGGUCAGUGUGGAGUCAGUGCGAGGCUGGUGCGUUGAGGAGCAGGCGAUGGAGAUGGACAUUGCCGUCCUGCAGCAGGUCGAGGAGCUGGAGAGAAAGGUCACGUCUGCCAGCCUGCAGGCGAAGGGCUGGAUGUAUCCGGACCCUCAAUCUGAGCGGGAGGACCUGGUGUACUACGAGCACAAGCCACUCACAAAAUCCACGUCAGCGAGCAGCGGAGACAAGGAGCAUCCCGAAGAGCGCGGGGAGAAGGGUGGGGUGACGCGUCACCUGGAUAACCCGCUGGACAUAGCAGUGACACGUCUGGCUGAUCUGGAGCGCAACAUCGAGAGAAGGUACCUGAGGAGCCCCUUAGGUACCACCAUUCAGAUCAGGCUGGAUAAUGUGGGUACGGUCACUGUCCCUGCCCCCGCCCCAUCCACUAGUGCUGACAGGGAAGGUGGCGAGGAGGAGGUGGCCCACGGCAUGAAGGUGUGGAGGAAGGCCCUGAGCGAGGUGCGCAGUGCUGCCCAGUUGGCCAUGUGCAUCCAGCAGCUACAGAAGUCCAUCGCCUGGGAGAGGUCCAUCAUGAAAGUGUACUGUCAGUUGUGCAGGAAGGGUGAUAAUGAGGACCUGCUCCUGCUGUGUGAUGGCUGUGACAAAGGCUGCCACACGUACUGUCACAAACCCAAGAUCACCAGUAUCCCAGAGGGAGACUGGUACUGCCCGUCCUGCAUAUCCAAGGCGAGUGGUCCUACCCCCAAAAACAAAAGGCCUCCAGUCAAACCAGUAGCAACCAGCGGAGGAAGUGGCAAGAAAGGCGGAGAAGCGAAGAAGAGCGGGAAGCAGACUGGCAACGGGGAAGUAUCGGAGGAAGACCCAGCGAGCGCCAGCAGCACGCCCAAGAAAGCAGCGGCAAAAGACACCAACAGGAAGAGGAAAGUCGAAGAGGGCUCACCUGCUCUGCCGGGAGUCAAUCCGGAGACCCCUGUGUGUGUGAAGAGAGCCAAGACGGCUAGAGACAACAACAGGGACCUGGGACUAUGCAGGGUGCUCCUUGCUGAGGUGGAGCGGCAUCAGGAUGCAUGGCCUUUCCUCACACCCGUCAACCUGAAGUCAGUCCCUGGCUACAAGAAGGUCAUCAAGAAACCGAUGGACUUCGCCACCAUACGUGAGAAGCUCGUGAGCAGCCAGUAUCAAAAUCUGGAGACUUUCAUCAUCGAUGUCAACUUGGUGUUUGACAACUGCGAAAAAUACAAUGAAGACAAUUCAGACAUUGGCCGAGCCGGUCAUAACAUGAGGAAGUUCUUCGAGAAGCGCUGGACUGAGCUUCUGAAACAAACAAACUAAAACAAACUGUUCAGAUUCUCCCCAUAAACCCAAUAACGUUUCAAAUCGGAGCACCAGGUUUUACUUUUGUUUUUAUUCCCUGAUGGAGAAAUGCGGCUUUGCAGGAUGGAAGAGGAAAUCUAAUCCUUAACAAGGAACCCAUGGUGUUCUACUUAGGAGGGAUGUCACCUUGAAAUAUAAAAAGUAAUUACAUGAGGUGCGCUGGAUUUCUUUCAACAGGGAUAAAAGCCCCAAAGAGUCCCAGAGAAAUGGGGUGUCGUAGUGCAAUACCAUUCCCUGUCUCAGAACACUGCACUGAAUGAAUCCUCAACUGUCACUGAUGUGUCUGCGCUAGAAUACUUUCCACUACUUGUAAAUAUUCUUUUGUUAUUUAAUCGUAUUAUAGUGAAUGUAUUUAAUUUUGUAAUAAUUAUUUAUGAAUCAAGGUCCACUUCAUUUUCUAUGAAAAGGAAGAGUCAGCUGAACUGCUUUGAAUUGAAAAAAAAAAAAAAAAAAAGGAAUGUGUCUUUGUGUUGUAAUUUUUCUCCCAAAUAUCAAACAAAGCCAAGAAAAAAAAAACCUGUUUACACUGUUCAGUGCUUUGAGGCAUCAGAAUACUGUAUUCAUUUGUUCAGACUGUAAAACUGCAUUUAUUUACAGGAACGGCAGAGGAACAGUUAAGACAAAGGUGACUCAUGUGUAUAUACUGUUUAUUAAUGUCAAUAUUAUGUCUUGUUUGGAACGAUGUGUAAAAAUUGUUUAAGAAUAUUAAGAUAUUGUUUAUGCCUUAGAAUGAUUGUAGCAUUCUAUUUUAGUGAACGUGAUGAAAACAUUAUCAUAAAUAUUGUUUGUACAGUAUAUACAUAUCCUCUGCAAACACUGUGGUAUCCUUAAUCUUGGUAGUGCCUACCCUUCCAACAGGGGCAUGUAGGGGAUGUUAUUGUUUUUAGUUUUCAUUCUUAUGACAACAUUAUGUUUUUCCUUUUUUAUAUGAUUUCAAUCCAACAAGGCCUCCAAAGUUGGACAGUGACACAGAAAUCAUUCCUCACCAUAGCAGAAAAAAAGGAGCAACAAGCAUUCAGUUAUGCUUCCAUGACGCAUUUCCUCGUAAUCUGCCACAAUACAGAGGACCUAAGGCCAUUUGUAACCACUGUGUUGAACCUUGCUGUGUGUUGUGGCCUGAUGGAGGCAGCUAGAUUUUUUUGUACCCAAGUCAAGAGUACUUGAAGUUACUUUAUUUAAGAUAUUGUGGAAUAAAAGUAUCAUUCUUUUGUAGGAGCUUUAUUUUUCACUAGUGUGUGGCACGGACCUAUUAAAAGGAUGUUUUUCAACGUA